AUGGGUAAAGUUGGAGCACUGGAAAGGGGAGAACAGUUGGCUGAAAAGCUCUGGAAAUGGACGCCGAGGUGUGAUGGCCAGUGGACUUCUGUGGUUUGGUCGCGUGAAUCUUGUUAUCUCGUAGCAUCUGACUCUGGGCUGAUUUUGACGGGCCUCCUCGUGCUGUGUUUCAUAAGACGAAAGAACCGGUUUUCCUAUUUGAUCAAGUUGAGUGGGUGUCUGUGCUUAGUCUGUGCCGUGCUGUGUGUGGUGGUGACUGUAACUACCACUGUACUGCACAUGAACAGAUUGCAGACGUUGCAGGAGUGUGAAUUCUUCCCACACUCGCAGUCUUGUACAUGUACGCCCUACACAGGUGUUCUGGACCCGACGCAAGAUGUGCGUUACGUGUUCUCCCUGGUGAGCAACGGCAUCAACUGCGACGUGAUCCACGGGCCUCUGUACUCCUGCCUCCGCGCCCUGUUCGGCCUCUCCGUUAUAGGGAUCCUUGUCUCCAUCUUCUCCUGCAUGCUCGUCUACCAGCUGUUGAGCCACGAGAAGAAGAAGAUGUACUGGGAGCAGCUGGAGCAGCGUCGGCGCCUCCUGUACCGCCGAGCGCAGCCUCCCAACGCCUGCUCCUGCUGCGACGAGUACGGCUUCGUCCCUCCUUCAGAAGUCUACCCGUGGGGCCUCUGGGACACGCUGGACGAGAGGUACUGGGCAGGAGGGCAGUUCUUCCCCCCCGCUGGAGAGGAUUCCUCGAACGCGUCUCGGUCUGUCCUGCUCGGCACGGCGUCACCCCAGGGCCAAGGUCCCCUGUGGCUGCCCUGGGGCGGCGCCUGGGGUGCGCACGGGGCGGCGGCACAGCAGACCCAGGCCGCGACCCCGGGGGAGGGCAACGCGGCCACCAGCGCGGAGAAUAACCAAGGCGGCGAGGAAACCCAAGCGCAAGUCACGGGCGUCCUACUGCGUCCCUUCCUCCCCCGGGGCCUGGAGAGCCGCCUCGGGUUCCGGCGGCAGCACGCGGCAUCCCACCACAGCCGCCGCCCGCUCUCCGACCCGGGGGUGGCCCUGCAGCUGCCUCGGUACCCGCCGCCCUUCACCGAGGCCUACUUACCUCCCAUGGCUUACCAGGAGGCCUUCCCGCGCUACAUGUGGGGCCCUCCUCCGCCGUACUCCCAGCCCACAUCAUCUGAAAACCUAACCAUGCAGAUGUCCCCCCAUCAUCACCCCAACUCGCCCACGUCCCCGACAGCGCUUCAGGGUCUCGUGGCGCAGGCGAUUAGGGCCUCGCCCGCUCACCGGCCGCCCACCCUGGCCGACCUGAUGCACGGGCCGGCCAGCCCCACCAGCAACACGCUCUCCUCCCCCAGUGACGACUCGGAGGUCCUCAGCUCCCCGGCGCAGAACCAGCGCCCGGGACGCAGUCGGCACAAGGGCGGCACGGCGGAUCAGGGAGGCACUCUGGGCGGCUCCAGCUCCCUCCCAUCUCGCCAUCGCACGAGAAGGCUGCCCUUGGGACACGUCAAGUCACUCGGAGAUGUGAAUGAACACAAACACGACGAGCCUCUUGAAGUUCUGUUUUGUGAUGGCAAAGACAUUACACCGCUUGAUAAGUUCCACACUCAGGCGGACGUUCAGCGCGAGGGGUACCGUAGCAAGCACAUUAAGAGCAUUAGUGAUCCUAAAGUGGUUUACACAAGUGGGAAAAUGGAACAAGAAUCUGAACUGUAUUUUGCUGAUGUGUCUUCUUGUGUUUCCGUAAGACAAGAUGGUGAUGAAACUUUAUAUUACUCAGAACCAACCAGUUCAGCAAGUCAGAACACACCUUCUCCGAGUGAUAAAGACAUUUUGGACGCCUCUGUAAAUCACACAUACGAACAGGUCCGUGAAAAAGAUGAUGAUAGCUCUCAUCACGCCUCUGACGAUACUAUGAUCGUCCACACAUCUUCGUCAGACCAUAGCCUUGCUGCAGAAACCGAGAACACCUACAGUGUUGUAUCUCCCCUCACAGACAUGUCCAGUACUUCACCCAUGAUUACUGACACAGAUGCCUAUUCAUGUUACACUCCCACUACGUCAGGUCCCUCUCCUUCGACACCAAGCCAGAGGGAGAUGACACCCACAACCCCUCAGUCAACUUUCAACCAUAAUUUAACCCUCCAUCCACUCAGGCAACUACAUCCUCUACACCCUCUCCACCCAGUCCACCAUAUCCACCACAUACACCCAGGAGGAAGGACUCACGUUAAUGACAACGAUCUGCCACAGUCAGCGGAGCCUGAUGGCGAUCAGGAGGUGGAGCACUGUUAUGAAACUCUCCCCGGGUGUGAGGCGGAUUCCGCUAGUACGCCAGUGACCUCGACCUCCAUGGAGACUCAGCAGGAAGCCUCGCCAAUGACAGACGCAUCAGACCUUAACGGCAACGUUACCCUCACAGAAGCUAUUGUUCACAUGGGGCCUUCUCUUACCGAUAGCGCAAUUCCUAGCUUACCGAGUGCUUCGAGACCUUCCAGGGCUAACUUGUCACUGCCUCUUCGUCGUGUCCUUUCCUCCUCAAAUGCCCACACGGAAGAAGUCGCCGAAGACACCCCUACUCCCGAUACCGAGAUGCUUUCUCUGGAGCAAGGGCGGAGUGCAGGGGGCCGGCGCUCGGGAGGCGUCGAGAGGAUGUCAUAUCAUAGUUCGGAGCCAAACACACCGGCGGAACGGAGAAUACACUCUGUCCAGGACCUUUUGCUGACUCUAAAAUCUGUGAAUGUUUAAAGGAUAGAGAGUAAGCUCAGUAGUAUUUAUUAAGUUACAUAUUGCAAUG